CAGAUCACCAUCCAUUCAUCUUUACCUUCACUCUCUCUCUCUCUCUCUCUUUCUCUCUCUCUAUAUCUAUAUUUCUCUUUCUAUAAAGGCAAGUCCACCAAGCCAAGAAGUCUCCCCUCUCCCUCCUCCCCCUUUACCUUUCUCAAUACACACACAGACACCAUGUCUGAUCCUUACACAAACUUCCACUCCCAACACUGGCUCAAACUCCACCACUUUCCUCCUCCAAAUACCUCUACUACUUUUCACUAUUCCCAAACUACCCCUCCUUCCCCUCCUCUCCGAGAAGCCCUUCCUCUCCUAACCCUAGGCCCAACCAGACACAACCAAAACAAUGGCCAAGAAGAAGAAGAAGAUGAUGAAGAAGGAGUGACAGUGGCGCUUCACAUAGGGCCACCAAACCCUAGUGCUUCUGAUCUGCAGGUGGCCGCUGCUUCUCGGUCUUGCUCGUCAACUGAUGAUUAUAAAGAUGGUCAUAAUCACGGCCAGCAGAAUAAUAGUAAUGAAGAUAUUGAAGAUGAUUGUGGUGUUGAGUGCCUUCCCUAUAUGAUGAACAAACUGAACAAAGGGCAGUAUUGGAUUCCGACUCCUUCUCAGAUUCUCAUUGGCCCAACCCAGUUUGAAUGUCCUGUUUGCUUCAAGACCUUCAACAGAUACAACAACAUGCAAAUGCAUAUGUGGGGGCAUGGGUCCCAGUACAGAAAAGGGCCGGAGUCUCUCCGGGGAACUCAACCCACCGGAAUGCUUCGACUUCCAUGCUACUGCUGCGCGGCGGGGUGCCGGAACAACAUCGAUCACCCUCGGUCGAAGCCGCUGAAGGAUUUCAGGACCCUGCAAACGCAUUACAAGAGGAAGCACGGCGUCCGGCCGUUCAUGUGCCGGAAGUGCGGCAAGGCGUUCGCCGUGAGGGGCGACUGGAGGACCCACGAGAAGAACUGCGGCAAGCUCUGGUACUGCAUCUGCGGCUCUGACUUCAAGCACAAGAGGUCCCUUAAGGAUCACAUUAAGGCUUUUGGCGAUGGCCAUGGAGCUUACGGGGAUGAUGGGUUUGAAGAGGAGGAAGAUCCGGCUUCCGAGAUUGAACAAGAUAAUGCAUGGUGAUUAUUAUAUUCAAGCUAAGCUAAGCUAAUUCGAUCAAUUCAUGCAUACUCACUCAUCAUCGAUAGAGAUCUUCGAUCUCAUAUAUAUGCCUGCGGGCCUGCCUGCCUAGACUUAUAUAUAAUAUAUAUGUAUGUAUGCCCAACUCAUGUCUGAUCUGUUAAAAGAUGCUAGCUGUAUCUCAUCUUUAACUUUAUUUCAUUUUAAUUUGGAGCUAGCUACUUCAAUUCGAUUCUUCAUUAA